AUGGAUUUUGACGCCAACGGUCUGUACGCUUCGGUCGUGUCGGAUUUAGACAAAGAAUAUCCUAAAGCUGAAAACCCGAGAGCCUUUCAACCAGAAGAAGAAAAGAAAUUUGUCAGAUUAUUCAACGAGCAAAAAUUCAGACUCAAAACGGCCAUUUUCAAAGUCUGGUUCGAAUAUCCCAAACUCAUGUUCUUCCAACCCGUGCCAUCUAAAGAUAAAAUCACCGUUACCAACAAAGAAGGUAAAAAGGAAACCGGUACUAAAAUCAGGUUCAGAAACGGUUUCUGUUACAACGUUUUGACUUCGGCCGGCAUUCAAGAAAUAGUCAAAGCCGGCGGAAGAAUCAUCAGGAUAUUGGACGGUAUCGUCUAUGAGAAAAAUUUAGACAGACCGCCUUAUGGCGAAUACGUUUUGAAACUGAGAGAUUUGAGAAAUCAAUACAAAGAGGAGGGUAAUGUCCUGGGCAGCAACUGCAUGAAACUUUUGGGCAAUUUUCUCUACGGCAAAUCGAUUCAGAAAGACGUUCUGACCACUAGACAUUUGUGGAACGAAGCGACUUUGAAAGCCAACUUUGAUUCUCACAUUAAAAGCUACGAAAAGGUCAACGAGGUACAUCGUGGAAAUUGA